UUCCCCAUUCCAUUCCCAUUCUCAAUCUCUAGAGCUAUAACAGCAUGGAUUCCGUUGCACUCUUGUGCACCGCCUCCCUCGUGGUGGCUGGCCUUUACUGGUUCCUCUGCAUCUUCGGCCCCGCCGAGCAGAAAGGAAAGACAACCAUCAACCUCUCCGGCGGUUCUAUCUCCGCCGCUGAGGUCCAAGACAGCUACAAACAGUACUGGUCCUUCUUUCGCCGUCCCAAAGAAAUCCAAAACCUUGAUAAUGUCCCUUCCUUCGUCGACACUUUCUACAACCUGGUCACUGACAUCUACGAAUGGGGCUGGGGCCAGUCCUUCCACUUCUCCCCUUCCAUCCCGGGCAAAUCCCACGGCGAAGCCACCCGAAUCCAUGAAGAAAUGGCCGUUGAUCUCCUCGACGUCCGUCCCGGCAGCAAGAUUCUCGACGCGGGCUGUGGGGUGGGCGGCCCCAUGCGCGCCAUCUCCUCACAUUCCGGCGCCAGUGUUGUUGGAAUCACCAUCAACGAGUACCAAGUCAGUCGGGCAAAAAUGCACAAUAAGAAAGCGGGGUUGGAUAAAUUAUGCGAGGUUGUUUGUGGUAACUUUCUGAAUAUGCCAUUCAAAGACAACUCCUUCGACGGGGCUUAUUCCAUCGAGGCGACCUGUCACGCUCCAAAGCUCGAGGAGGUUUACGCCGAGAUUUAUAGGGUUUUGAAGCCCGGGGCAAUGUAUGUCUCCUACGAAUGGGUGACUACGGAUUUGUAUAAGCCUGAGGAUUGUCGUCAUGUGGAAAUUAUACAGGGAAUAGAGAGAGGCGAUGCUUUGCCCGGUUUGAGGAGCUACAGUGACAUUGCGGAGACGGCGAAGAAGGUAGGAUUCGAGGUGUUGAAAGAGAAGGACCUGGCGAAGCCGCCGGCAAAAGCAUGGUGGUCGAGGUUGAAGAUGGGGAAGUUUGCGUACUUGAGGAACCACCUGAUGAUUACGGUGCUCGCAUGGCUGGGAAUUGCACCGAAAGGGGUUGUUGAUGUGCACGAAAUGUUAGUGAAGACAGCUGAUUAUCUCACCAGAGGUGGCGAGACAGGCAUUUUCACUCCCAUGCACAUGAUUCUUUGCAAAAAGCCAAAAUCUGCUACUUCUUACUGAACGUGCUAAAGCAACGCUCCAUUUGUCUACGACACCUUUUCUUUUUCCCGGCCAGAAUUUGCUUACAUUUUGAUUUGAUUCUUCGCCCUCUAGAGCUACGAGCAACCAGGUAGUUAAUUAGUUGAAUAAGGUAUAUUAUAUUAUUCUAGUUCUGGGAAAAUUGUUGGAUUAUUGCUCUGGUUAUCGA